CAUAUUUCCGGGCUAAAACGGGUGACCCAUUAACUUUUGACCCACUAGCUCAACCGGGUCCGGGUCAACCAGCGGGUUGACAACCUUGCUUGGCAGCGACCCACGUCAGCACUUGCGUCGUCAAUAAUGAGAACACCGGUCGCACUUGGCGUCAAGGAUUUCGCCUUAAUGCCACUUGGAGAUGGCGGCUGAUUCUGAUUCAGGACAGAACAGCAUUCGGUGCCAGGUUCCCACCACCAACCAUCUAUAAUGGCAGCUUUCAAAAUGGGUUUUCAAAAGCUACAGGUAACUCUUAGACAUUAACCCUAUCCUUCCUCCUCGCACGCUCUCAGUCCUAUCUAAUGUCGACGGCGAAGGGAACUGUAUGCGUGACCGGCGCCGGAGGUUUCUUGGGCUCCUGGGUUGUUCAUCUCCUCCUCUCCAAGAACUAUCUAGUCCGAGGCACCGUGAGAGAUCCCUUGGAUGAGAAAUAUGCCCACUUGAAUCAGCUCCCGAACGCAUCCUCGAAUCUGAAGCUCGUGAAGGCCGAUUUACUCGAUUACCCAUCCCUGUUCUCUGCAAUUCAAGGCUGCUCGGGAGUUUUCCAUGUCGCCAGCCCUCUUCCCUUUUCCCCUGUGGCAAACCCUCAGGUUGACUUAAUCGAGCCAGCGGUGACAGGAACCCUAAAUGUUCUGAAAGCAUGCCUCGAAGCGAAAGUCGAGCGAGUUGUGGUUGUGUCCUCUGGUGCUGCUCUUAUGAUGAACCCUUCCUGGCCCGAUACUCGAGCCAUGGAUGAGUCUUGCUGGUCCGACGUUGAACAUUGCAGAGCUAUUGAGAAUUGGUACUGUGCCUCCAAGACAGAAGCUGAGAGCAAGGCAUUUGAGUUUGGGAAAGCCAAUGGACUUGAUGUAGUAAGUGCUUGUCCCAAUCUCAUCUUCGGGCCAAUCCUUCAGCCUACGGCGAAUGCAAGUUCCUUGCUUCUCGCCAAGCUUUUGAAAGAAGGACAUGACUUGGAGGAUAAUAGGCACCACCGGAUUGUGGAUGUGCGGGAUGUAGCUGAAGCAUUGGUUCUGGUGUACGAAAAGCCUGAGGCACAAGGGAGAUACAUCUGCACUUCGCAUUCAGUCCAUGUUAAGGAUAUUGUUGAUAUUUUGAAGGACGAGUAUCCCAGCUACAACUAUCCUAAGAACUUUACAGAUGGACAGCAGAAGAAAGAAAUGAGUUCAGAGAAGUUGCAGAGGCUUGGCUGGAGCUACCGUUCACUGCAAGAAACCCUGGUGGACUCAGUGGAGAGUUAUAAGAAGGCUGGUUUAUUGGACUAGAACUGAACUCUUUCCUGUGCUUGGUAAACCCAAGUUUCUGGUGUGGAUGAGGACAUCACAAGUUCACAUCGAAGAGUUUGAUCAUUUUUUGGCAGAGAGAGUUGUUUCGAUUGUGUACACCAUUGGUUUUCUAACUGUUUAAUGAUAGCUACGUGAUCUGCACGGUCGUAAAACACGAUAAAGAUAUCGACGAACAUUAGGGGCCCUGGCCGCGGAUUCUGGACCAAACUGCGAUUAGCACUCUCAUCCAUGUGACUUGUUGUGUUAGAUACGGACCGUCCAUGGACCGACCUGGUGUCUAAGGUCCGAUUUGUAUAAUGGCAGAGCGACAGCCAUCUCAGAUACGCAGAUCGAAUAAUAUAACCCUACCCGAGAAUGACAAAAGAUACUGAUUGUCAAUACUCAAAUACUCUAGCAUUAUUCGUCUGACAACAAGGCCCAUGUUAGCUUCUCACGCUUGAUUGUUUCCCAAGGAACUUGUUGUUUGUGCUUUUACCCUACAAUGCACAUGGGAAUGGAGUGGGGGAAAUGUACGUGGGCACGGUCCAAGCACGCUUUGUCCCCAUUUAUUUCGUGUCCUGCUUGGCAAGGUCCGUUAGUUUUUGUGUCGUAUUGUGCCAGUUUAUUUGUUAUUUUUGCUAGGCUCGAUUCGAGUCUGAGCACGGUUUGAAUCGUGUCGUGCCUAUUUUUGUUCGUGAUGCACUCAUAAUCGUGCUAAUUAAAAAGGAAGAAAAUAAAAGAGGCAAUGAAAAAAGGAGAAAAUUGGGCGGAGAAUGUAAGUAUUAACAAAUGAUAUUUGAGAAAUGUAACAAAUAAGGGGUGGAAAAGAAAAUUGGAAGUAUAUCGUGGUGUGAUUUGCCUUUGUUUAAUUAUUCGUCUAUUUUUUCUUUUGGUAGUAAUUACGCAUAUAUUUUUAUGAUCACUUCUAACAACAAUAAAUAAUUAUUUUUGUAAUUGCAUGUUGUAAUAUUUGAACCUAUAAUUCUUUUUAUAUUUAUUUCUAUUAAAUAAAUAUUCUUUUCGUUCCAUUUUCGUUCUUAUACUCAAUAAGCUCUCGAAAAUAUUAGGCUCGACACAGCUCACUUACAGAUCGUGCCGUGCCCGUGCUCUUAAAGUUUAGGCCCGACACGACCCUUGAAUUAUUCGUGCUCGUGCUGGACCGGCCCAUAUAUUUCGUUUCGUGCUCUAACCAUGCAGUGUCGUGUUAGCCCGUGGGCGGCGCGGCCCGUUACCCACAUACAGGGGGAAACUAUGAAUUAAAAAAUGUUUUGAUUUUCUUAAAAAAAAUUGUUUUGGUCGUACAAUUUUUUUUGUUUUAACCUGAUGUUGUAUGUUUACUACCUACGAAUAAAAAUAUCCAUCGUGGCAGAUAGCUAAUCCAAUCUAGUUGGAUAGGGUAAAAUUAGAACUCGAAAAAUUGUCAGCUGAUAAUAGUAAAAUCUAAAUUCGAAU